AUAAAAAAGACACCGGACACUGAGUUUCCGGUUUAGCUGGUCCGUAGGAGAAAUUGCUCCGUAAGCAAAUGUAGGAGAGUAAAGGGUUAUGGCAACAAUCAUUGAGGAAAAUGGUCCUUCGACUCAUGAGCAGUCUGAAGUGUCCUCGUCGUCCCAGGCCAGGCAGAAACUAGAGGGGCUCCUGAACAAGAACAUGAGGAUCCGCAUGACAGACGGAAGGACCCUGGUGGGGCUUUUUCUCUGCACAGACCGAGACUGCAACGUCAUCCUCGGAUCAGCUCAGGAAUUCCUCAAGUCCACAGACACGUUCUCCCAGGGCGAACCCAGAGUCCUGGGCCUGGCCAUGAUCCCCGGUCACCAUGUGGUAUCCAUCGAGGUGGAGGCAGACAGUCUGGAAGAGGCACAAGGGUUCUGAGCUAACCACUGAUAAGGCCCUGCCUGUUUGGACGAAACUCAGCUCUCAACGUGACUGUCUCUAAGUGAGCCUGCUGCACGGCUGCGGCUGAGCUCAAAGCAUGAUGGACUGAUGCAGAACUCCUGUGUCAAUAUUCUGGAUUUAGCCAUUCCCCCUGUGCUUGAAAAUGUGUCCAUGUGCAGUGACACCUGUACAGUUCAGCUCGUGUGUAUGAGAAGGUGUGAAUAAUGUGUUUCAGUUCUGUGUAGAGUAAACAAGUCUUUGUUUCAUGAUGUUUUGAAGCAGAGCACUGUAUUUGA